CAGCGGCAGCUCGGUUCAUAUCUAUGGGUCAGAUCAGACGGUCGGAGGAGAAUCGUUUCUAGGAGUCUUGAAGUAGUCAUGGCGUCAGGCCUGCCCAGUGUUGUUGUGUUUGCUUUAUGUGCGGUCCUGGCCACUUGUGUAUCUGCAGACGACCAGGACUGUCAGGCCUUCAAUAAUCAACCAUUCAAAAGAUGCGAUAAAUACUCGUUUUGCUGUGGUAGCUGUUUCAACCGGUACUGCUGUAAAGACUCUUUCUGGCGGUUUCCUGAGGAUAAACAAGAUGACUGUGUUACCUUUGGCAGUUAUUCCUCACCAAUGCCCAUGAUCUUUGGUAUUGGUGGCUCCAUCACUAUUUUGCUCAUCUUCAUCUGCUGCUGUGUCUGUCCCUGCUGCUGCCUGUACAAGAUGUGCCGCAAGCCAAGACCUGUGUUAACUACCACCACCCACACAACAGUGGUCACCAGCGCUCCUCCGCAGUACCCCCAGCAGCCAACUGCAACUCCUGGGCAGCCUCAGUCCUACCAGGGGGCCCAGUAUCAACCCUACCACCCCGCACCAGUGCAGCCAGGUUACGGAGCCCAGCCCAUGCCACAGGGCUACGGAGCCCAGCCCAUGCCCCAGGGCUACGGAGCCCAGCCCAUGCCCCAGGGCUACGGAGCGCAGCCCAUGCCAACAUCACCCUACCAUGGGCAACCGUUCAUAGCUGCACCACCACCAACAUAUCAGGAAGCCAUCGGUCCUGGCUUCCAUCCCAACCCGAUGCCUUACAGCCAGGCUGCAUUCACCCCCGGCCAGCCAGCGUACCCUCUGCAGCCUCCUGUCCAGCCGCAGCCCAACGCUCCACUCCCACCCACAGGCUACCAAGCCCAGCCAGCGUACAACCCUGAUUAUGUUGCUCCGCCACCCUAGACUGGAUAAUGAACCGUACUGCCACACUCUUAGCCACUUUAAAAGUGCUGCAAAAUUUUCAAUCUUGGCAGAACUGGAAAUGUGUAAUCUGAAUCAAAAAGUGUCUUGAUUCAUGUGUUUGGGUGGUUAAAUAUGGGAAUGUUAUGACACAUUUGUAGUUGUUGUGCAAGUUGCCAAGUGAAAAUGUUGAUACCUCUCAGCUCGUAUUGCAUGGACUUACAAUAUAGAAGUGGUGAGAUUGUUAUUAUUUUUUUUUUAUAUUUCUUAGAGGCUCCAUAUUAUCAUCUUGGUAAAUGACACAUAAAACUACUGAGUCCGUUUUUAAAAGAGUAGACAUUUUCCAGCCUUCUGAACAUGCCUCAGCACCUCCCUCCUGGUCCCCAUCGAUACUAUGCCCCGGCCAAACCUGCCUGACCUCUUCAUUCACCAUCUACAGGGAUAGCAAUUAGACUCAGGGGUCAAACUUUGGAAGGUUUUUGGUAGUCACGGGCAUAAUUGCAUUACUUUUCUGCCAGUAUUUCAAACUGAUAAAAGUGCUUUAAACCUUUUUUUAUGUACUUUAUAAGGCUGUAUAUGUUAUUUGGGAACAAAUCAAGUCCAAAGUGUGUAAUACUUCUCACUAGAAGAUGUAACAUGGAAAGGAUGCAUUAGACAGGUUUCCAUCACAUAUUUUUAUGCGCAUUUUAUAGUACUCCAUUAGAAAAGCUGAAUUAACUUUAACCUCAAUUGCGCUCGCUUGAGGUGGUUUUUGCCUUUGUUGAGAAAAAGUUAUUGCACUAAAUGGGAUAUGGAAACGCCUUUGCAGAAUAUUCCCUUAACGUGUCUUCCUUUCCGGACAUCAUGAAACAUGGCCAAUACAAUACAAAGAACAAUUAAAACCUGUCCAAUUAAACCAAAUUCCUGAUCGCUCUGUUCCCUCUGAUUCUGUCAUAAAUGGGUUAGAUGGCCAAGGCGACUUGCUUUGUUUCCAGUUAGCAAUCUUAACUUCUGCUACUAUUUUCACUGGUGGUGAUUACAACCAGGCAUAGCCUAUAGUGUCGACAUCUGACAAAACUUUGUUGUAGCCGCUGUUUGUUCCAUCACCAAAAAGCAGUUUAUGGAAACCUGCCUAAUUCACAUUUCAAAUUUGCUUGACAAUUGAAUAGAAACUUGGCUAUUGUCAGUUGACUAACUUUUAAGAUAAAGGGUCUUUUUUUAACCCUCCAGCAAAAGGGAACGUUCAUCAUGUUAAUUCAACAAAAUAAGCCUCGCACACGGAAAUGUUUAUGUGUGCAUGUAAAUGGGAGAUUUCACUUGAAGUGAUGUCUCCUUUUUUUCUCAGGUUGUUUUCAUUCAUUGUUUUCAUCUUACAACAUAACCGCGUAUCUGAACUGAAAUGCAUCGGCAGCUUUGAAUGAAAUAACCAAAGGAGUAUUUUUUUUCUUUUUAAUUAACCAAACAUCCACAAAACAAUACAAAUGUUAUACUUACAAAAUGCAAGAAACAAUUGGGCCUUUUAAGCCACAUUACUUGUAUCAAACUUAAGUGUGCAUGUCAUUAUUAACAGUUUCAAGGCACAAUGAGUAGGAUUUUCCUAAAAAAACAAUGUAUUGACAAAUACAAAAAUCCCAAUCAUCACUUGUAGCCCAAUAGACGUGUGUGGUGGUUUCUGUAUCUGCAUCUGCAGAGAACCUGCCUGUAUUUUCUUCCUUUUUCUCUGUGUUUGGGAUGUUUCUGGGCGUCAACAUUUAUAAAAACGUAGCGACCAGAUUCCAGAUCAUAAGCACACAUCAAAGAGGAAGCUACGGAAAUGGCAAACGGCGCAGAGAAAACACACAUUUAGCGAGGCGAAACGCCAAAGCGGUCAAAGCUUGUUCCAAAACGCGAGGGAUUGUGGAGUUGUCCUUACCCGCUGCCAGGCAGCGUAACUCUCGUUGAGCGGGGGAGGAGGUGCAAACUUUGAAAGUUGCUUUUACAAACCGCAACCGACAAAUUCUACUCAUUCUACCUUUUUAAAAUCUCAUUUUGUAGUUAUUCAUGCACUUUUGCUUUGUCUGUUUCACAUUGUGUCGUGUUACUUUUACUUGACUGUCAUCAUAAAGGCUUACAUUCAGUUCAACCUGCCACAUUAUGCAGCCUUUCAACUUUAGUUACAACCCAAACUGUGCAUGUUAUGAAUCUUUAAAGGUCAUCAUUUUGUAUUUAGUGUUGUGUUUUUAUUGUGGAAAUGAUCACCUUUGCCUAUAUUUGACUGCACCGGCAUAGCAGUCAAGUUUGAAUAAGUAGUCUGUUCUUGUUUUACUAACUAAACUAAUACGCCUUCUUUGCCCUGCUUUGCCACUUUUGCUUUCUGACAACUGAAAUGACUUGAAAACUGUUUAGCUAAAUUGACUGGAGAAUUGCAGUCACAGCUCAUAUGACGAGACAUUGACCUUUUGAGACACCCUGACUUUUCAACUUCUUCUAUUUGGACUUUGGUUGUGGUCAUAGUAUCACUAGUAAAUCCUUGAGAAUGACCUUCAGUCACAUCUAAGCUUUUACAAGCUGACAUAUAGGACAUGCCAGCUAAUGAAAGGGGCCUACAUGUCCUCACAUCUGUAAUUUGCAAAACAGUUCAUUUGUGAGGAAUAUGCAUAUGUUUCUUACAGCGGCCAUGCGAUUUGUCUGUGUACUUCCUUGUAACCUUGCCUUUUGUGUAAAAUCUGUCUUUAUAAAUGUGCUCUGCCUGUGAUUUCAGUCUUUUGGUCGGUGUUGUUUCUUCAACGUGACUUUAGUUAGUGUUUUAUUUGUGUGUGUGGAUUAUAGCCAUUGUUGUUCUUUAUAAAAGACAUGCCAGCAGAGAUGUAUUCUUGUUCCAUCUGUUUCUUGUCCAAGAGUAAUUGUCACUGAUGCUACUUUGACAAUAUAUGUAGAUUACUUAUUUUGUUAAAGCCCCACCACUUCUGCAGAGUUCAAUAAAAUGAAUACUUUUUCCCCCAA